UUUAAAAUAUGACUUAUCCUAUAUUUAUGUGUCUUGUUCAUAAAUUAUUCAUAAAUUAUUGGAAAAUUCACGAAAUGUCGUCAUAGCUAAAAUAGUAUAUGCAUAAUAAUUUGGUUUUGAUAAUACUAAGCUAUACUGAUGUUAUCACUGACUCAUACUAAAAUUUAGCGAUAUGCUAAAUUUAAGCUUGUGCUGACUAUGGUCUUACAUAAAAUUGCACAUGCUUUGAGUGGUUUGAAAAUAUAUUGGCGAUAUGCAAAUCGCGAGUACAGGAAUAAUUAUAGUCUCUGUUCUCCCUGUCAGGUAGGGAGAAGAAAAUAGGCAAUAUUCGUUUAUAAAAAGAAUGCAAUGUGAGCAGCGUCGUCUUUUGCAAGUUCGUCUCUUUUUUGGUUAACUCUCGAAUAUCUUAGUGAAGUGUUAUAACUAAAGAAAUUACAUAUAAAUGUCUUUAUAAGUAAAGAAACUAAAAAAUCUGCAAUAUUUUUCUCGGAAGAACAGUGAUCGUUCGAGAGUCUAAAUGCGUAUGCAUCUGCUGUUAAUUUUGUUCUUCGCGAGCACUAUCUUAGCGCGAAGUGCUAGAAAUAGAAGGGAUACUGAUCUGACUACCUUUAAACUUCCUGUUAUUUCUACGACUGAGGCUUAUAAUGGAAAUAAGACAACGGACGUUAUUGGAGAUAAUUUUGAUGAAACUAAUAUUGGAAAUAUUUUCGAUCACCCAUUAAGAAAGAUACUGAAUCUUAUUAAAUCAAUAAUAUUAGUCAUUAAGAAUACAUUAUCGACAUUUUCAAAAGCAGUAAAUUCAACAAGUGACUUUGUAAUACGCGCUAUGCAACAGCCGAACAGUUACAAAUAUAAAUAACUAUCAGCUGACAAGGUUGGACUAUCAUUAGAAGUCGAUAUUAAUCACUGGAGAUUACAAGAAGCAUUAUCAAAUCCAGACUAAGAAGGAAGUCCAUUCAUUGAAUACCUAUCAUAUUUUUUGGUACACAGCGGAAACUUUUUGGUCAACUAUACAUCAACGUACUUUUAUCUACUUAAAUUGUCUCAUUUGUAAAUGUAUUUAUAAAUCAACGUUCAAUAAUCAUCGAUAACUUAAUCA